UGUUAUGCGACGUCAUCUUCAACCUAAACCGAGUGUAUUGGCGGAGCGGUUCAAAUUCAGACAAAGAGUGCAACGUCAUAAUGAGUCCGUGGCGGAAUAUGCGGCGGCAUUAAAGAAAUUGACGAAACAUUGCGGUUUUUGUUCGGAAACAUUAUUGGAUAAUUUGAGGGAUCAAUUUGUAUGUGGUAUUAACAGUGACUGUAUCCGUCAAAGAAUGUUUGCGGAGGAUAAUAUAACGUUCGAUUCGGCGUUUAAACUCGCGGUGACAAUGGAAGCUGCAGAGGCGGAUGCAGCCUUGGUAGAAGGUCGUACCAGGAGAUUAGGUGACGGCGUAUCAGAGGCGGAGGAAUCUAUAAACCAGAUUACGUCCAGGAAAAGAAGCACAGGGAAACAUCUACAAAAAUAUAUGAACGUAGGAACGCGAGAACCGGUUUUAAGCAGUGGUACAAGCCUCACAAGCGGAGCGAUAAUUAGCAGGCGGAGCGAUAAUAAUAUGAAUGACUUCACACGACAAAAGAAGGGAACGACUUUUAAACAAGUGUGUGACGUUUGUGGUGCAAAUCAUCAAGUAAAUCGGUGUAAAUUUAGACUUUAUAUAUGUCGAGUUUGCAACGAACAAGGUCAUUUAAAAAAGGUUUGUCCAGUACUACAAAGGCAGGUGUCAUUAAACAUCGUAAAAAAUGAUAGUUCCGUAUGCACAGAAAACGAAGGCUCGGGCAGUGAGGAGUUCCAGAUAUUGUGAAGUGUUUUCGGACGGGCUGAGACGAUUCAAUGGUGGAACGGUUGGUUUUCGGCUGCGACCCGACGCGAAGCCGGUGUUCAUGCGCGCACGACCGCUCGCUUACGCACUUCGCGAGCCUGUGGAGCGGGCGCUGGAUCAGCUG